AUGGAUAAUUAAGCAGAAGAAUUAAUUUCUGUAGAAAAUGAUCAAAAUAAUCACUAAACAGAAGUAAUAUACUAAAAUUAAGAUGAAACUAAUAAUAAUUUGUAGGAUUUAAAUAAUGGCUAAGAUGAAGAAUCAAAGGCACAUUAAAUUAAUGAGGAUUAAAUUUUAAAGAAUGCAAAUGAAAAGAAUUAAUAAUUCGAAUAAUUACAAUAAAAUUUUGAGAACGUGAAACUUGAACUUGAGGGAUAAAUUAAAAAAUACGCCUCAUUAGAAAUUUAAUAUAGCAAUUUGCAAUCUUCUUAAUAAAAAUAAAUCUAAGAAUUGGAAAAUGAUUUUAAUCAUAAAAAUGAGGAAUAUUAAAGAUAAAUUUAAGAGUAUUAGAGUAAAUUAGACAAUAUGCAAAUGGAAUAUGAUAAAGUACAGAAUACUUUGAAAAAAUCAGAACAAAAAUAUAAUUAACUUUAAGAGGUUUAAUUAGAAUAGAAUAAUUAACAUAGAAUUGAUAUAGAGUCCUUAAUAGAAAAAUUAUAGAAAUCAGAAUCAUCUAAGGACAAAUUAUAAUAAGAAAUGUAGAAGCAUUAAAGUAAUUUAGAUAUGAUUUCCAAAUUAAAAAAAGAAAUAGACUCUUAUAAAAUACAAGAGAAGGAAUAAAAUAAUCUGAUUGACAUCAUCAAAUAAGAUAAUAAAAUUAUUGUAUAGAAUCUGGCUGAAUAAUUGAGAAAAGAGUAAUAAAAAACACAUGAUGUCAAUAAUGAAAAAGUCAAACUUGAACAGUCAGUACAAAGAUAACUAAAUGAAAAAAAUGAAUAAAUUAAAAAAAUAUAGAAUGAAAUUCAUUAGUUAAAUCAAUAAUUGUCUUCAUCGGAACAAAAAAAUCAAAAAACUAUUAAAUCUUUCGAAGAAUAAAUAGAAAAAGCAAAUGCUGAAAUUAAAGAUUUAAAAUAAAAAUCAUAAUCCAUUAAUAAUAAUAAUGAACAAUAAAAAAUGAAAAUUAAAUAAUAGGAAGACAUUAUUACAUAGAUCAUUGAUGAAAACACUUUAUUUAAAAAGUAAAUUGAAGAAUCGCAAAAACAAAUAAUAAAACUAAAAGAAUAGUGUUAGAAGGAAAUUGAACAAAAAUCGCGUUUUGAUAUAAAAUGCUUAAAUUUAUUGGAGGAGAAAGACAUGGCAGAAAUGAAAAUAAGCUAAUUGGAAUCAAAACUUCUAGAAUAAUAACAAACAUAUAAAUCAUUUGAAAAUGACUCACUUCAAGAUAUAGAGAACUUUUAAAAUACCAUUAAGUCUCUCCAAUAGUAGCUAAUGGAUGAAAAGUAAAUUUCAGAAGAUAAAAUUAAAGAAUUGAACAAUCAAUUACAAUAGCAAAUCCAAAAUAAUUAGGUUAUUACUAUUUAAUAGUAAGAUUUAAACAGUCAAAUUGAAAAGCUGAAUAACUAAAUUGCAGAUUGUGAAAAAUAAGAUUUGUAGAUUUAGAAUUUAGAAAUAAUGCAUUAAACUUAAAAAGAAUAGAUUGAAAAGCUUAAUUAAGAGAUACAUUAAAAUAAUGAAAAAUUAAUAUUGGAAAUUGAUUCAAAAGAAAAUUUAUAAUAAAAAUUAAAUGAAUAUGAAAGAACAGUUUAAGAAUUGUAAUAAAAAAAUUAGGACUAUUUAGUUUAAUUUGAUAAACUCAAAGAAAGUAGCAGUUUGGAAAAAGCUUAAAUCUAAUAAGAAUUAUAGAAUGCCUAAGAGGAAAUAACAAACUCUAAAUAAUAAAUAAAAAUAGAAUUACAAGAAAAAGAGGAAAUUUUAAUUAAUCUAAGAUAGAAUAUUGAAUAACAAUCAAUAGAUGUAUCUAAAUUAUAAGAAGAAAACAAUAAUUACAAUUUAAAAUUAUAAUAAUAAGAAGAGACAUUAUUAGAACUUAAAAAUUAAGUUGAAACAUUAACUUCAUAAAUCAAUGAAAAAGAGAAUACGAUUAAAUAACUUGAAGAAAUUAAAUAAUCCUUCUAAUCAUAAUUAGUAUUAUGGACAGAAUCGAUUAAUUUAAAGGUGAAUGAUUUAGAAUAAUUAUCUUAAUAAAAUGAUUAAAAUACUAAAAUAUUGAUGUAAGAGAUAUCUUUAUUAUCGAAUAAAACAAAAGAUUAGAAUUUUGGCUCUGAAAUUGAAAUAAAUAUUCAAAAUGAAAGUCAAAAGGAUAAAAAAAUAGAUUAACUUCAAUAAGACCUUUUAGAAUUAAGUACAAAAUUGGAAAGUGAUAGAUAAAUAUUAGAAGCUAAAUGCUCUUCAUUACGAGAAGAAAUUACUAAAUAGUAUGAGGAGACACUUCAAAGUAAUUUAAAUGCACAAAGAUUAUAGAUAAUCAAUUAAUAUGACCAAUAGAUUAGUGAACUUUCAAAUGAAAUUCAAAUAUAAAAAUAAUUGCUAUUAGAUUGCUAAUAGGAAUCACAAUAAUUUAAGGAGUAACAGAAACAUACAAUUGAAAAGUAUAUUAAAGAAAUUGAAGAUUUAACUUAAAUAUGCUAAAAUGAAGAAUCAUAGAAAUAAAUUCUAAUAAAAGACUUGGAAUCUGCUCAACUUUUAUUAUAGGAAAUUGAAAAUAUAAAGGAGGAAAAUAAAAUCUUAGAGAACAGUGUAUAAACUGAAUAAGAACAAAAAAAUCUAAUGGUUUAACAAUUCCAAAAGGAAUUUGAUAUUUAGAAAUCUUAAAUUUUAUAAGAAUAAAAAAACAAUGAAGUUAGUUUGGAGAAAAUUAAUUAAUUACAGUAAUAAGUCUAAGAGUUAGUGGAGAAACAAGAUAAAAUGCAUGAAGACCUAGAACUAAUGUAAGCAAGUUUGAAGUAAGAGUAAGAAAAGGAGAUCAAACUAUUAAGUGAAUUCAAUACUCAAGGUGUAUUAUUAGAAUCAACUUAAUCAAACCUUCAUGCAGCAACUUAAUAAAUGAAAGAGUAGGAAUAAUAAUAUUUAUCUGAAAUUCAAUAGCUGAAGGAUCAUAUUGUUGUUUUUAAUAAUAAAAUACAAGAGUAAGAAGAGUAAAUAGUUUUGCUUAAAAAUUCCCAUCAGGUUGAAUUAGAAUCGAAUUCUAAUAAUUUGGAGGUGAAAAUCAAUUAGGAGAAUUAAAAUAGUUUGUUGCAAUUACGUAAUGAAUUUGAAACAGCAGCAUAAAUAUUCAACGAAUAAAAACAAAGAAUGCAAGAAGAAAUUGAGGGAUUGCAGUUGUAGAUUGAAUAAAUCGAAAUUACGAAUUUAGAAUAGAAAUAAUUAUAUUAAGAGCAAUUUGAGAAAAAGUCUAAAGAAUAAUAGUAGGAAGUGGAUUUGUUAAAAAAAUAAAGAAUGGAACAGGAUGAGAUGAUCUAAUCUUUACAAAUAUCUUAAGUUUAACUAAAAGAGAAAGAUACUUAAUUAGAAUAAUUAAAUCUCCAAUUAUCUGCAUUUUAAGAGGAACUUUAUCAAAUGGAAUAGAAAUAUGAAAAUAAGUUAUUAUCAAUAAAGCAGAAGCAUGAGUCAUAGAUUGAUGACUUACACAGGUUGAUCUAGGAACUAAAGUAACAAUUAAAUACAGUUGAAAGUGAAGGAAGGAUGAUGUAAAACAGUCUAAAUGAAAUGGAAGUGUUGGAUUUUAAAUGCAAAGAACUUAAAACUGAAAAUCAAGAGCUUUAGUUAAAAAUUUAAGAACUCUAAAAGGGGCCUGAUUAAGAGAAAUCAGAUAUUUAAAAUAAUGCUCAGAAUAAUGAGUUAAAGGAUUAAAUAGAGGAGUUGAAUUCUUAAAUUUUGAAAUAAUAAAGAGAACAUUUGCAAAUCUAAUAGUAGCUAAUACAAGAAAAAGAACAAUAAAAUAAUUUAAUAGAAGAGCUUAAAGAAAAAAUUCAAGAGUAAAAGAUAUAAAUUCUAUAAUCUUAGGAAUAAGUAUAAACAAUUACCUAAUAAUUAUAAACCAAAUAAAGUUAGGAUUCAACAAAUUUAACGAAUCCUACUCCUUUUUUUAAAAAUCAUAGUUAUGAAUAGGCAUAAUUAAGUGAGAUCUAAUAGAAAAUUCCUUAAAAGGAUUAUCAAAUACUAGAGAAUAAGUCAAAGGAAUAAUAAAACCAAAUUAGGUAAUUAUAAAGUGAACUUGCUUCUUUGAAGUAGUUAUAAGAAGAUUAAGCAAGGAUGCUGCAUUAAAAAUCUUCAAGAAACUCUACCUCUACAUCUAUGGAGGCUAUUACAGAGAAAUGUGCAGCCUUAUAAUCAAUAAUUGAGGAGCAAAGUAUAAUUAAUUCGAAAUUAAAUGUGGAAAUUGGAUUAUUUAAAUAGUAAAAUGAAUAAUUGAAAGAUGACUUAAAGUUAUGUCAUCAAGAACUUAGGGAAUUAAGAGUAAUUUCAGAAGAUAGAUUCAGAUUGGAAAGUGAACUUUAAUAAGCACUUGCAUUAGUAGCAGAGCAAGAGAAUAAAGCAAAUAUAUUUACUCACAAUACACAAUUAACCAAAGAGUUAUAAGAAAAAAAUCAAAAAUAAUCGGAGGAAUUAGAAAGUUUAAGAAAGCAAUUGAAGUAAUUUGAGAGGUAGAAAUAAAAGGUUUAAGAAAAAUUGACUGAGACAGUGGAAGAAUUAGAGAAAUUGAAGAAGUAACUAGAAAUAUCUUAAGAAGAAUUGGAUAGGAGAAACACUAAAAUAAUUGAAUUAGAAAAGCUACUUUAAUCAUAAUUGUAAGAUUUUAAAAUUUUGGAAUCUUAGUAUAAUGAAUCAUUAAAGGAUUGUUAAAUUUUAUAGAAAUAAUUAGAUGAUUUUAAUAUGCUAAGUACAAGAGAGAUAGAAGAAUUAAAUAAAGAUAAUCAAUAGAAAUAAUAACGAAUAUCUUAAUUGUAAGGAGAGAUAUAAAGUUUAAUAAAGGACGUGCAUGCUAUGAAAGAUUUUUAGGCUAGAUAGAAAUAAGUGUCUGAAGCUCCAUUGACAAAGAAAGAUAAAAUAGUUGUGGAGUCUUUAGUAAAUAGAAUAAAAGAAUUGGAAAUGCAGAAUAAAACAAUAAAGGAUCAAUUUUCAGGAAAGAUAGUUAAAUUGACAAAUGAUUUAGAAGAAAAAGUUUCAUACAUUUAAUUGUUAGCAUAUCAUCUUAGUAAAGCAUAUCCGAAUCUAACUGAAGCUGAUUUGAUAGAAUAAGAAGAUGUUAAAUUAAUCCAGUAACUGAAGAAGAAAUAGAAUGUUUAAGAGAUAAUAGAAAAAACAAUGAUUGAAAAUUUGUAAUUAAGGGAAUAGCUAAAAUUAAUAGGAGCUGAACUAAAUAAAAAAAAAUCAUGA